ACAAUCCAAAUUAUACAUUAAGUGUUUUAGCAACUAAAUUUGAAAUAAAACUAAAUACUAUUCAUGAUAUUCUUACUGAAAAAGAUACUUGGUUAACAUUAAAAAAAGAUUCACCACUUGCUAACUCUAAAUAG